AUGGGCAGUUCAGUCUCGACUUCCGGCUUGGCACGAUCCGAACUGCUGCUGUUUACUUCCGACCUGGGACACCUUGACUUGCUGAUGUCAUUGCAAAGCUUUGGAUGGCUUGAACCCGCAAUGCCAAUCUCUGAUGUCGCCAGAUUUGACUUGUUGGUUUUGGUCCUGGACUUCUUGCAUCUUGAUUUCUUGAUGUUUAUCAGGUCUCUUGCGGCCGUGGAAUUUGUCAUGUCGGUCUUCGGAAAAGUUCAGCUGGGACCCUCUCUGCCAGCAGUUGACCUUACGCAGCUAGGCCCAUCUUUGUCUUUGCAAAGCUUUGGCCAUCUGGGAUCAGCAACGUCUACUCCUGAUCUCUUGAAUAUGGGACUUUUGUUGCCCAUGCAAAGCUUUGCCCAAUUAGACUCCGUCGUUUCUGUGUUGGACUUUCUUCAUUUGGGCUCGACCCUCCUAGUACAAAGCCUUGCAAGAUUUGGUCCAACUCCUUUCCUGCAAAGCUUUGCUCACAUUGGCCCGGCCUUCUCAAUCUGCCAACCAAUGCGCCUGGGCUUGUUGCCUUCUGCGCCGGACCUCGCAACUCUUGGCAGUUUAUUGUUGGUGCGAAGCUGUGCACGUUUGGGUCCAGCCAUGUCCGUAUCAGACUUCUUGCACUUGGGUUUUUCGAUUUUGUUGCAAAGCUGUGGUCAUUUGGGUCUGAUGCUGUCAGCGUGGAGCUUGUGUUGCUUGGGAUCGAGCUCGUUGAUGUUGGACACAACGAUGCUGGGAUCCACCACACCAACACAAAGUUCGGCGUGUCCUGACAGCACUUCCUCGAUUUUCAGCAAGACAGGUCCUGUGUUGUUGACCUUGGAUUACUUGCGCAUGGGUUUCUUCAUGUUCCUGCGCUCUUGCAUUGGCGUUGACUCAAUUAUGUCAAUCUUUGGACUGGCAUGUCCGGGUUCGUCCUUGUCACUGUUGGAUGCCUCAGUCUUCGGCUUUGCUGUACCUGUACAAAGCCUUGCUUGCUCAGAAAGCCCCAUGUUGCUCUUGGACUUCGCCCAUUCGGAAUUGAACUUGCUUUUGAAGAGUUUCAUGUGCGUUGGAUUUGCUGUAUCACUGUUUGGUAUGAGUCGUUCCGACCUUUUGCUGUUUACAUUGGACCUUUCUCAGCUGGGUUUCAACCUGUUGAUGCAAAGCCUUGCAUGUCCGGACUUGAGAACGUCAGCCUGUGCAUACACUCGACCGGGAUUUUUGCUGUUGGUGCUGGAUGUCGUCAAUCUAGACUCGUUUGCGUUGCUGCGGAGCCCUGUCAGACUCGGCUUUGCCUCCUUGGUGUUGGACCUUUCACAUCUUGAUUCGUUGCUGUCCCUUAGAUCCUUCUCAAAGUUUGACUUCAUGAUGUCCCUUUUCGGGCAGGCUCGGUUUGAUUUCACUCUGCUAAUGUUGGAUUGCAUAUUCCCAGGCUCUAGCGUCUCAACCCGAAGCUUCACUUGUUACGGUUCAGCCUUGCCCGUGCUGGGGAAGACUUUCUUGGGAUUUUUCCCGUUUGUUUUGGAACUUGUGAGUGUGGGGUCAUCUGCAUCCACUCGCAGCAUGGUGCGACCAGGCCCAGUGACAUUCUUGUUGGAUUUCUUCCGCCUGGGAUUGUCACCACCUUUGCGAUCCUAUGGACGUUCAGGCUUCCCAUCGUUGUUUUUCGACACGGUACGACUGGGAUCAUCACUUCUGAUCUUGGACUACGCCACCUUGGGCUCCUUCUUGUUGGCCCGCAGCCAUGCCCGAUCAGAAUUUUCACUGUCAGUGUUGGACCCUGCCAAUUUCGGCUUCAUGCCGUCACUGCAAGGAGUCGUGCGUCUGGGAUUCACCUUUUCGAUCUUUGAAAGGUUGGCACCAGGAUCAUCAGCGUCUCUUCUGGACCUUUUGCAUCUGGGUUUGCUGAUGUUUCUUCGAUCACUUGGUCAUGUUGGCCUCACAAUGCUCUUGUUCGGCUGUGGACGAUUUGACUCGAGCCCUUUGAUGUUUGACUCAACUCACCUUGGCUUUCUGCUGUCCUUCCAAGCUCCUGCUUGCUUUGACUUCAUAGUCUUUUUGUUCGGAGCAGCGCGUUUGGACUUGAUCCUGUCAGUUUCGGACAAAUCGUUCUUUGAUUUAUUGCUGUCGCUGAGGUCCUUUGCACAUUGUGACUUGCCAUUUUUACUUUUCAGCAGAAGUCGUUUUGAUUUCGUUGCAUUUGCCUUCGACUAUUUGCACCUUGAACCCUCCUUGUCACCGAGAGAAGUCAGUUGUUCUGGCUUGGCUUUCUUGCCCUUUGGCCUUAGCCGUCUUGACUUUCGACUCUUGGUCUUCGACUUUAGCAGCCUUGAACCAACGCUGCCAGUGCAAAGUAUCGGCACAUUUGGCCCAGUUCUGUCUGCUUUUGGCUUUGCUCGAUUUGAACUGAUCCUGUUGGUGCUUGAUGUGAUGGAGCCUGGCUCAUCCUUGUUGUUGCGCAGCUUCGCACGUCUUGGCCCCUCCUCCUCCACCUUUUCCUACGCACAUUUGGGCUUCCUAUUUUUGGUGCUGGGCAUGUCCGAGCUGGGCUUAACAUUGUCUGUGCAAUCUUCCGCAUGUUUUGAUUUAGUGAUGUCGAUCUUUGGUUUUGUUCGAUGUGAUUUUUCUACGUUGCUGUUGGGCUGCUUUGAGCUGGGAUCAAUGCCAUCGUCGCAAUCCAUGGCGCGGCCUGAGUCCAUGUUUCCAGUCUUCGGUGUCAGCUGCUCUGAUUCCAUGGUUCCGAUCCUUGACUACUUGAGAUCAGGAUCCUUACCUUUGUUGCAAAGCCUCGCAUGUCUUGAUCCCCCCUUCUUUGCUUUUGGACUAACACGCUCUGGCUCCAUUACACCUGUCUCCGAUACUGCAGCUUUGGGAAGUUCCAUAUUCCUGCACAGCUUCGCUCAUUUGGGCUUUGCAUUUCCAUCGUUUGGUGUCAGCUGA